GUCGACAUGCAAUCCGCAGAGCCCUCUCCGCGAAUUGGUUCCAUAAAGAACGCCAUCGAUGCAUUCCGACAAGGGGAGUUCAUCAUCGUGCUAGAUGCAGCAGACCGUGAAAACGAGGGUGAUUUAAUUAUUGCCGGCGAGUCGGUCACAGAGGCGCAGAUGGCGUUUUUGGUGCGUUAUACAAGUGGCUUAGUUUGCGCUGCUGUCACCCCUGAAAUUGCCCGUCGUGCAGGUCUGCCUCAGAUGGUAACCAAUAACACCGAUCCAAAGGGGACUGCCUACACGGUGUCGAUUGAUUCCAAUGACCCUUCGAUCACAACCGGUAUAUCAGCCCGGGAUCGGGCUAUGACCUGCCGUGCUCUUGCAUCUGUCUCUGUCCGAGCAGAUGACUUCCGAAGGCCAGGUCACAUCAUGCCUCUCCAGGCUAGAGAAGGCGGCGUGCGUGAGAGGAUGGGCCAUACGGAAGCUGCUAUUGAAUUUUGCCUUUUGGCAGGGAAGCAACCUGUGGGUAUCCUUGCAGAAUUGGUCAAGGAUGGGGAGUCUAUUGAAGGCGAGCCAAAUAUCCAUGCUAGUGGUAUGAUGAGGAGAGAUGAAUGCCUAGAGUUUGGAAAGCGAUGGGGAAUCACCGUGUGCACAAUUCAAGACCUGGUGGCUUACCUCAACGAAGGGGGUACUGGGAACAUUUAGUAGGUAGUCACGCUCGUGUUUACCAAAUUGUAUACUACUGUAAUUAUACGGGUCUGCUACUCGUCAUCUCUUUCAGCGUUUUUCUCCGUUCACCAGCAAUUAACUAUAUGCACGCCCAUGGCUGGAGCCGCGGCUCAGGUGUUUGAGUCGCAACCGGCCCUCUUAUGUGAAAUAUAUCUCAUGUGUUUUAUGUACACAUAAAGAUAUGAAAGAAUGCUGGCUAAUGGAAUUUCCCUAUGAAACAUUGAUCAACAGGCACACCGUCAAGGAAUCAAGAAUUCCUUAUGUUAACAGAAGGACGGAGCAUUU